GGAGCAGCGAGCGGCAGUGUUGUUGUGGAGCUCUGAGGAGGAGGAACAUCUGUGAUUAUGACAGACAACCAUGAAGAGACAUGGAAACACCGCGGGCUGUGAUUAUCGAGUGCAGCCUCACGGAUUCGGACGGGACGCCACAACCCUUCGGCUGCGUGAUUUCCGGACAUUUCUCGGGUGACUGACCCCGGUGUGAAGUUACGGAUUGUUUUGUUUUCGGACUUAAUGAAGAGAAGGGGGCCCUGAAAUUAUAUGCUGGGGGAAGUUGGGCUAGCUGGGGGAGAAAAAACCCCCACACAACAACAAUUACUACUCGUUAAAAUAGCGCUGCUUUACUCCUUUUAGACUGAUUUCAAAAUCCCGAUUUUAACUAAUUUAGUUUGACACCCUGAAGCUGUUUUAUGCAGAUUUAGUUUUGAUUGAAAGCAGCUGCGGCAGAGCUAGGCUAGCCCGCUAGCUCCCACGCAGAGAGCUAGCUUCUUGUUGCUAAGAAAGCGUCUCUGGAAAUUAAAAGAAGGCGGCAUAUUUUUUCCGAUUUAAUCGCUUUUAGCGGACAGGGACAAGCGUUUUAAAGCAGCCCGUAUGUGCUUAGGAUCGUCACAACGCCGUGUCAGUAUAUUUUUUACCUAGUUUCAGACAUGUUUCUGGUCCUUAUUUAGAGUUUCAGAUGGAGUUGUUAUCAGUUUCCCCAAUCAGCGUUUAAAGGCAGGCUCUGCUUCACAUUGUGGUUACAUAAUGCCAUAGCCAUUAGUUGUUUACAUGGGAUCUUCUUCUCCCAGCGUGCCCUGCUUCUAAUCAGGCUUCACAAUAUUUAGCCCCUUUUUUUUAUUUUAAAGCUGAACGGUUCUCAUCAAGCAGAACAAAGCCCCCAUCGCCGGACCCGUAUCCGGCUGGUUGAUGGCAUAACAGACCUUGUUUUGGAUCAAGCCAGAAGGGAAGAGCAUAAAAGGGUGGAAAUCCGGCCUCCUGGGCUGGGAGGUGAAGAUGGGCAGCCAGGGCAGCCCGGUGAAGAGCUACGACUACCUGCUGAAGUUCCUGCUGGUGGGAGACAGCGACGUGGGCAAAGGGGAGAUCCUGGACAGCCUGCAGGACGGAUCAGCAGAGUCUCCGUACGCUUACAGCAGCGGUAUCGACUAUAAGACCACCACCAUCCUUCUGGACGGCAGGAGGGUGAAGCUGGAGCUCUGGGACACCUCAGGACAGGGGAGGUUCUGCACCAUCUUCCGCUCGUAUUCCCGCGGCGCCCAGGGGAUCCUGCUGGUUUAUGACAUCACCAACCGCUGGUCCUUCGACGGCAUCGACCGGUGGAUCCGCGAGAUCGACGAGCAUGCUCCGGGCGUGCCUCGGAUCCUCGUCGGCAACCGCCUCCACCUGGCCUUCAAGCGGCAGGUCCCCACGGAGCAGGCGCGGGCGUACGCCGAGAAGAACGGCAUGACCUUCUUCGAAGUGAGCCCCCUGUGCAACUUCAACGUGAUCGAGUCGUUCACGGAGCUGUCGCGCAUCGUCCUGAUGAGGCACGGCAUGGAGAAGUUCUGGAGGCCCAACAGAGUGUUCAGCCUGCAGGACCUCUGCUGCAGAGCCAUCGUGUCCUGCACGCCCGUCCACCUCAUCGACAAGCUGCCGCUGCCCGUCGCCAUCAAGUCCCACCUCAAGUCCUUCUCCAUGGCCAACGGCAUGAACGCCGUCAUGAUGCACGGACGCUCGUACUCGCUGGCCAACCCGGCCGGCGGCUCCAAGGGCAACAGCCUGAAGCGCUCCAAGUCCAUCCGUCCUCCCCAGAGCCCGCCGCAGAACUGCACCCGCAGCAACUGUAAGAUCUCCUAACUGCCGCCGGGCCCGGAGGAACGGCUACAGACUCUCUGUCACUACACCGCGGAGAACCCGGACUCCAGAACCUCUGCCGUCUGUCAGCUUAUGACUACAUGUACAGAAACGUCACUGAUUCUGGUUCCUCCGCGUCGCCGACAUCACCUGUUCUCAAGUCCUCCUCUUCUUCUUCUGUUGUUUUAAUGACCGAUAAGCUAACCGUUCAGACACUACAGAACCCGACGGGCCCGAACUCGGGUCCAGGCUUGAUUUCUGUGCCUUGAUCCACGUUUCUUUGGUUCUCGGGGGACGGGCAGAGUCCAGUGUUCCCACGGGACCCGGUUCAGAUUUUAGAUCCGUUUCGGAUUUUUGUUUCUCAGUCGAUCGAAGCGUCGGAACCAACCCGAUCAGAUUUUAAAACUGGUUCUAAUGGAUUCACAGAGCUGCUCAUACGAGGGACUGGGAAUGUCUGGGUUGUUGUUGGGUGGAUGAUUAGGAGACGGUUCUUCUCUGACCCGGCAGAGACGGGGAGCCCGGUUCCAGGCCGUGUUUCUGUUUACUCCAGACGUUAAUCUGUCGGUUCUGACCGCAGGUUUAUGGUCUCGUUUUUUAAGGAAACAUCUCAGGAUUCAUCCUGCAGACAAGACGCCGUUUCCCUCUUUCAGAACCGAACAUGUUUGUUCUCUAGAGACCGAGUCGACUCCUGGACCAGCCGCCAUCCCUCCGGUUUUCCACAACUAGCUGGACGGGUCCAGGCUGACGCAGGCGAUGUUGACAGUAAACUCUGACCCGUGUUUAACGUUUUUAAAUCUGUUUUUCCUUCGUCGGCUACACUUUGAGUCCUUUUUUAAAAAGAUCCAAACCGAUCGUUUUGGAGAAAAAAGACGUUAAUGGCCAGAAAAAAAAACGAAAACAGUGAUUUUUAUCAGCAGUUUCGGCUCCUUUUUAAACCAGUGAAGCAAAAACAUGAAUUGGAAUCAAAUGAAAAUGAUUCCUGGAACCGGAUCAUUUGAACCGGUUCCUACGAUCCGGUUCCUACAUGGUCGCAGUUUCAGUAUUUUCCAGAACUGACUGAAUACAGAAACAUACAUAACCUUCCUUCCUUCCUUUCUCCUUCCCUCGUUAGCUUCUCGCUGUGCUGCGUUCAGGUGCUGCGGGACUUUUCGGUUUCCCGCUGGAUCGCUCGUGCACAAACAAGCUGGAACACGUGAAGUUUUCCGAUCCGCCGCCUUUUAUCCUCCACACUGUUCCUGAUGGAUCUCCCUGGAGACCCGGCGCAGCACGUCUUCUUCUUCUUCCUCCGUCUGAUCUGCAUCGCUGUCUCCGCCCGCCGUCCCAUGAUUCCUUGCUGUUAAAUGAUAGAUGCUCUGCGGGGGGGUUUCAUCUUUCAUCCCUCCAGCUUCACGUUUGCUCCUCUGCAGCUCCGGCCUGUUUUUUACUCCUCGUUUUCUGCUCGCCUCGCUUCUUAAUUUACUUUUUGGUUAAAGUUUUCCUGCAGCUUUCAGCGCAGGUUUGGACCUCAGGCCAUUUUUUAACGUCUUUUUAUUCAAAUCCGUUCGCUUCAUUUCCUGGAAAUCCACCAGGACGGAUCACAUUCGCGAAAGAACAAAUUUUAAAAUCCAGGUUCUGUAUGAUGGUUGCGAUCCAGUGUAGAACCUGAGACAGAACCCACUCGUGUUCUGGUCCAGAUCGGCUGGCGUUAGAAGCAGACGGCUCCUAAAGUAUCUGAAACUUAAUCUGACGGUAAAACCCGACUUUUCGAGGGAGGCCGUGGCGUUAGCUCCGACAUUCCCGGUCCUUAGAGGACGAAUGCUGCUGGUUCUGACGGUAAAGAUCCGUCACCAGGCUGGUUAUUUAGCAUGUAGGAUGAGAUCGGAUCCGUUCACUGCAGGAUGAAUCUUCCUGUUUCUGUAAAUUCUGCCGUUUAUGUUCAUCGGAGUAUUGUUUUUUGUUUUGCCGGCGGCACCAGAACGGACCGGGUCUCCUGGCUGGUCUUCACCACCGAGCACAGAUCACACUAUAAUCACCCACGUUCGGUGCUCUCUGUGACCCGCGGGCUUCUAUGGUUCUGCAGGUUUGUGGGUCUUUGGCUCUGAGACCCGCUGAUUGUUGGAGGUUUCGGACUCGGAAAUGUCGGUUAUGGUAGAACCAGCCUGUAAGACACUAGUCCAGUUGAUUCCCUGAAGCUGCUGAGUGAUCUGAAGCGUGAGGAUGUGUGAUGAUGAUGAUGAUGAUGUUCUGUUUUUAAAUUAUUGAUUGUACAGUUCAAGGCAACAUGUAUGAAGAGACUGUUUCACAAUAAAACUGUUGAAUGUC